UAAAUCUCGACCGAACAAUAAAGAGCGUGCGAAAAACGCGCGAACAGCAACCGCACGAUCUCACACAUUAAGGUAUGAUUACCUAGUAGCUCCAACAGGUGAUGGUUGAAUGUUAAUCAAUCAAGCUUCUUCUUCGAUAUCGAUUAUCUUACAUGGCACAAUCGAAACAAGACACGUCAUAUCCUUGCCAAUAUAGUGAAAUUUUCACCCUCGAUAUAAUCUACCCAUAUAAUAAUCGCAGAGGACUACAAUUUUCUCCACUACGAAGACUUUCCACAUUCUCUCUCUACAAAUUUUAACUUUCUUGUUUAUGUAAUGACGGAGCCGACAAUGAAUCUCUGGACCACCGACGAUAACGCUUCUAUGAUGGAAGCUUUCAUGAGCUCCUCGUCCGACAUCUCAGGCUUAUGGCCACCGGCAACGACAAUAGCAACGACGUCGACAACAGCUCCGGCACUGGCGGCGGGAUUUAACGAAGAGACUCUCCAGCAAAGGCUACAAGCACUAAUCGAAGGGACAAACGAAGGCUGGACCUACGCCAUAUUCUGGCAGCCGUCGUACGACUUCUCCGGCGCCUCCGUGCUCGGAUGGGGAGAUGGUUAUUACAAAGGAGAAGAAGACAAAGGAAAGGCGAGACAGCGAACGACUCCACCGCCGUUUUCAACUCCGGCAGAUCAGGAGUAUCGUAAGAAGGUGUUGCGUGAGCUCAACUCGUUAAUCUCCGGCGGAGGUGGGGCGACGGAUGACGCCGUCGAUGAGGAAGUGACUGAUACCGAGUGGUUUUUCUUGGUUUCGAUGACGCAGAGCUUCGCUUGCGGUUCUGGGUUGGCGGGUAAGGCGUUCUCGACAGGUAACGCUGUUUGGGUUUCCGGGUCGGAUCAGUUAACCGGGUCGGGUUGUGAGCGGACGAAGCAAGGAGGAGUCUUUGGGAUGCAGACCAUCGCGUGUAUUCCUUCGGCGAACGGGGUUGUUGAACUCGGGUCAACGGAGCAGAUCCGGCAGAGUUCGGAUCUUAUGAACAAGGUCCGAGUGCUUUUCAAUUUCAACGGUGGCGCUGGCGAUUUAUCGGGUCUUAACUGGAAUCUUGAUCCGGAUCAAGGCGAGAACGACCCGUCCAUGUGGAUUAAUGACCCGGUUGGAGUACUCGAGCAGUGUAACGGAGCUCCGAGCUCUAGCUCCCAGCUACUUGCCAAGUCGAUUCAGUUUGAGAAUGGUGGUAGCUCAAGCACCAUAACCGAGAACCCGCACCCGGAUCCGGCUCCGAGCCCGGUUCAUUCCCAGACCCAAACUGCGAAAUUCCACAACAAUUUUUCCCGAGAAUUAAACUUCUCGACGUCUAGUACCACCUUGGUGAAACCAAGACCCGCCGAGAUAUUGAGCUUCGGCGAUGAGGGUAAACGGAGCUCCGUGAACCCGGAUCCGAGUUCUUAUUCGGGUCAGACUCAGUUCGAGAAUAAGAGAAAGAAGUCGAUAGGUUUGAGCGAUGACAAGGUUCUAUCUUUCGGAACCGGGGGAGGAGAAUCCGACCACUCCGAUCUAGAAGCUUCCGUCGUGAAAGAGAUACCAGAGAAACGUCCAAAGAAACAGCUUGAGGUGAAUCACGCGAGCAUGUCCGUGGUUAACGAUCUGAUGAUUCAGCAAGCCACCGUGAAGAUGGGAUUCAGAAUAUACACGCAGGAACAGCUCCGUGCCAGUUUAAUCUCAAAGAUCGGUUAA